AUGAGCGACGAUGUGAUUGUUAAGAAAAUAAAAUUAAAUAUAGGUAUUUAAUUGAAUCUUAAUUGAUAGGGAGUUAUGUGAUGCCACAAGAUGACUUUAAGAUGGAUUCUAAAUCAUUAAUGUAAACAGAAGCUCAAAGAAUUUUCAAUCAAUAUUCUAAUGUGGUUAAGGAAGAGAAGAAAUUGUAAGCUUUCAGUCAAAUAACAUAACAAACAAGCGGGUUUAUUAAACGUUUGGAAGAGCAUCGUUAGAUUUUGAAGACUUAGAUAGAAUUGCAGUUAAAAAUUUGUUAAGGGAAUAUAUUGUUAUAACGAGCUUUGAGUGGUGUUGAAAUAAAGAAAUGA